UGCCUCUCUGUUCUUACCCACAACUCCUAAGAGCAGGAACCGGCUAGUGGAUGCCAUCGAGACGGAGAUCAUCAGCAGAACAGAGCGGGAUCACUGACAAAUUCAUCAGCCGGAGUGGAAAGGGGGAUUAUAUUUUGCUUUCUAGCGGUUUUUGGACUCUGCUUCCUGUUUCCUCGUCCUUUUGCACUACGGGAGCUCUCAUUGUGGCUGGACCGAGGAUCACCUCCUUUUGUGUUGCUCUGCAGUUGUUUAUUCACACUCAACAACUUCUGCCUCCUCUUUCCUCAAAUAGGAGGUUUCAUUUCUGAUCUUGUUUCGGCCUAAACGGAAUGAAUGACAAAAACAAAGGAGGUUGAUGUCCAUAACUCUCCGACUCACCUCUUCUUCGCCUCGCCCAAGGAACGGAGACUCCAUCUCCGGCAGAAGAUGGAAAGCGGAGGCGGGACUGAGGGCUCGGACAGCGGGCAGACGCAGCACGCGGUGCCCGGGCAGCAGCAGCUAAAUCCCCGGCCUGAAACUGCGGAGCUCUCUGCGGUGCUGUCCGCUCAGCCCCCGGGCGGGAAGAAGAAGAUAAACCGGGCGCCGUCCCCGGCCAGACCGAAGGACGUACCCGGGUGGUCGCUCACAAAGAUCCGCGGAGGGAUUGGGACGCCGACACUGAGCGUGAAGCCGGGAGCCAUCCAUCUGGGCAGCCGCAUUUCCAGGCGCAGCCCCGUGGGAAGUCUUGCUGGAAAGGACGGUAAAGCGGAGAAGAGCGGUGGUGGCAAACCGGCGGGCAAAGGCUCCUUCUCCGCCGCCGCGUUGUCCAAGACCUCGGCGGCCAAGGCUACCAAAAGCACCGGAGGGCGGAGGAAGGUGUCGGACGCCAGUAUCGGGUCUGACGAUUUAUCCAAGGACUCGGGCUGCGCCCCAGGGAAGCUCUCCCCGACCGACAGCAGCUCCGAGCUAUCGGACUGCGCCUCCGAGGAAAACAAGCUCUCCGCGGACGCUGUGAGCAGCGACGCCGAGUCGAGGAGCAGCCGAGGCGGCGGGCCGGACGGAGACAAGUCGCUGACGGACAGAGUUAGCCAGCAAGCCGCCGCCGCCGCCAAGACCACCUGCUCCUCCGCGGAGAAAGACGACAAGGACCGUAUCUCCAUCGGCGUGGAGACCGGGGAAGGGAGCAUUUCCCCCGGCGAGGAGCGCUCGGUCACCUCAUUUGACAGCAGGGUGCCGGCAAGCACAUCUUUGGCUUUCUCAGACCUCACAGAGGAGUUUAUGGACGGCAUGCAUGAGGAGUUUGUCAGGGAAAUAGAAGAGCUGAGAUCGGAGAACGAUUACCUCAAAGAUGAGAUGGAGGAGUUGAGGUCUGAGAUGUUGGAGAUGAGGGACAUGUACAUGGAAGAAGACGUCUACCAGCUGCAGGAGCUACGGCAACAGCUGGAGCAGGCCAAUAAGACCUGCCGCAUCCUGCAGUACCGGCUCAGGAAGGCAGAGCGGCGCUCUCUCCGCGUGGCCCAAACAGGGCAGGUGGACGGAGAACUGAUUCGAACACUGGAGCAAGACGUCAAAGUGGCGAAGGACGUGUCCAUCCGUCUCCACAGCCAGCUGGACAGCGUGGAGAAGAAGAGGAGUCGUCUGGAGAAGGAGAACGAGGAGCUGAGGGUCCGACUGCAGGACCUGGAGGUCGCCAAACAGGUCCUGCAGCAGGAGAUUGACAAGAACUCCCAGAAGAAAAGAGGAGCACGACCCAACAACAAACCUGACAAGAAGCUCGGUCCACAGGAGGACAGUUCAGACCUGAAGUGUCAGCUCCACUUUGCCAAAGAGGAAUCAGCCCUGAUGUGCAAGAAGCUGACAAAGCUGGUGAAGGACAGCGAGGCCAUGAAGGAGGAGCUGGCCAAGUACAGGUCACUGUAUGGAGACGUUGACGCCUCGCUCACCGUGGAGGAGGUUGCUGACUCCCCCCACACCCGCGAGGCAGAGAUCAGAGUCCACCUGAAGCUGGUGGAGGAGGAGGCCAACCUGCUGAGUCGACGCAUUGUGGAGCUGGAGGUGGAGAACAGGGGGCUCCGAGCCGAGAUGGACGACAUGAAGGGACCACAAGAUGGACCUCAGGAACUCACUGGUGUUGGUGGUGGGCUGGGGAUGGGUCUUGGUCUUGCGGGAGGAGCCAUGGUGCUGGGAGGAGGGGCUUCAUCUGAAAAUGUCAUGGAGCUCCAGAGACACCUCCAGUUUGUGGAGGAAGAGGCGGAGCUACUGAGGAGGUCUCUGAUCGAGAUGGAGGAACAGAACAAACUCCUGAUGAACGAGAUCAACCGCUAUAAAUCUGAACUCCCACCGCUGACGUCCACACUGUCGUCCAAUUCAUUAACGUCGUUGACGGACGGGCUGCUCAACGACAGCCCGGUGCACUCUAUACAAGAAGGGGCGGUGCUUAUCAGCACGGACACCCCUGCCCAAGAGGAGGAGCUCCGACUUGCGAGGCUUCAGAUUGGAGAACUGAGUGGGAAGGUGAAGAAGCUGCAGUACGAGAACCGGGUGCUUCUGUCCAACCUGCAGCGCUGUGAUCUGGCCUCCUACCACGUUCCUUCCUCCUCAUCCUCCUCCUCCUCACUACGACUGGCUCUAGAAACUGACGCAGAGGCUGGAGACUCAGCUGAGUGCCUACCCACCAGCCCACCCCACCGCAAAGAGCCAGUAGGGGGUGAAAAUGACGGCCUGGAAAUCAGGGAACGGAAAACGAAGAUCGAAGACAAGGCUGACGCAACAGCUUCACUCCUUGGGUACCUGGGACAGAAGGACCGUGAUGCCUUGCUGGCCAUGAGGGACCAGGCUCGCUUGGUUUCCACGGCAAUACAGCUCCUGACCUCCCCCGAAUCCAACUGCCUCUCCUCCUCCCCAUCCAUCUAUCACAUGGUCUGCAGCAAUGAAGCAGCAGAGCCGUGUGACCUGGAGAAACCUCAACCUCACAGCCAGAUUUCAGAGCUGUCUGACCUAGCGGACCGGCCACUGGUUGGUGCUCUGACCAGCAGGCUUCAGGCCCUACACACCCAUCUGCAGGCCUUUGUGGAGCGGGUAGAUAGCCUGGGUAAACCCCCAGCAGGCGGGAGGGACCCUCAGGUAGAAGGAGCAUCUCCCCUGGCCUCACACUGCGCCUCCCUCAUCUGCUCUGGAGACGACCAGAAUGAACUUAAUGCUGCCGAGGAGAAGCAGCCUGAUUAUAGGGACCAUUCAGAGCCAGAGCUGAAAGGUCAAACUGAAGAGAGCAGCCAAUCAGACAGCAACGAGGCGCAAACGCAGGAAACCAGCCAGCUGGAGGAGCAAGAGAAGGAAACAGAUGAUGCACUCCCCUCCCAGCCCAGUGACCUCCAGGCCACGCUGUCUGAUGCAGAGGAGUCUGCUCAAGGGGCUCAGGAAGAGCUGGAGAAGGAGAGACCGACUCAGAAAGAAACCACUCGUAAACUCACACAGCUCCAGGAGGAGCACCAGAAGGCUCUGCUCCGUCGGGACUUCCAGCUGCAGAGUCUGGGUCUACAGGCUCGGCUGCAGCAGAAGUUAUGGAGCCAGGAGAGGAGUCUGCUGGUCCAGGAGUCUCAGCACCUCAAACAGGCCCUGUUACUGCUCAGCCUAAAGCUGCGCUGCUUCCUCAAACAGUGGAGACUGGGCUGCAAGAAGGACACAGAAUGGAAAGACAUCUUGGAGAUGAACAGCCUGAAGGAUCUCUACCUGCUGUUGGAGGAGGAGAACCUUACAAGCCCCGCCCACCAGACUGACAAGAGGUCUGCUGCAGACGAACAGCCACUCAGCCCAACGAUCAAGUCGAGUGCCGUGAGCAGCACUUUGGCAGACCUGAAGGUGUCGCUGCAGGAUCUGAGCGGUGAGCUGCGACAGGAGAGACAAGGCUCCCAGGAACUCACCCAGCAGUUCGCAAAGGCCAAGGCAUCAUGGGAAGUGGAGAGGACCGAACUGCAGAGCCUCAUCACGCAGCUGGAGACCAAAGCUGGUAAAGCAGCAGCAGCAGCAGCAGCCCUGUCAUCAACUGAUGCAUUAGAUCCUCCAGACCUGAAGGUGGCACUGAAGAGGGAGCGUGAAGAACACCAGCACCUCCUGGCUGAGUCCUACGCAGCUGUGAUGGACCUAACUAAACAGCUUCAGAUCGGAGAGAGGAACUGGGGCAGAGAGAAGCUGGAGCUGUUGGAGAGGUUCAGCCAGGAGAGAGCUCAGUGGGAGCAGAGACUGAGAGAGGCCACUGCACAACAGGGGAAGUCGAAGUCAUCAGGUGGCGAGACCUCAGCAGACACAGUCGUUGCUAAUGGAACAGGAUCCCCAAGGACCAAAUCCACAUCAGAGCUGGAUGGCCCAGAGGUCAACGGAGCAGCCAACCAGGAGGAGGAAAUCCAGUUUGCAGUCCCGCCUCCUUUGAUUCGCCCAGAGUUUGGUGACCUCACCGGGAAGAAUUGGACCUACCUGACCAAUGAAACCCCAGAAGUUGGGGAUACCUGUAAAACCUGGGAUGGUCCCAGCGGCUCCUGCGGCAGCCUAGUGGGAUCAGAGCUGGAUCUGGAGUCCGUCCAGAGGAGCUACACUGCUCCAGACCGCACCGGCAUCCGGAUCUACUACAGCCCUCCUGCCGUGCGACGCAUAGAGCACUGGAGAAGGAACCAGGACGCCAAAGAGACACAGCAGGCGCAGAACGGGAGCUCUUCCCUAGGACCGAGUGGCUGGGACGCGGUGGAAACCCUCGAGGUUCAGCGACAGCAGCAACCCUCAUCCUCCUCCUAUUCGUCCUCGUACGAGCAGUGGCUGAGCUCACUGUCCAAGCAGCACAGGGAGCUGCUGGAGAGUAGAAGCGGCUGCAUCGCACAUUCGAUCCCCGCUGUCGUCAGCAACGGCGUUGGUAGCUCAGCUGGCAGUGUGGUUGAUGGGAUGACAUCCUCUUCAGCCUUCCAUGGCCUGGAGAUCGGGGAGAUUUCAGCCAACUUAAGCGAUGACAUGAAGGAGAUGACCAAGUGUGUCCGCCAGGCCAUACGCUCUUCAUCUCUGGAGAGGAAAUCUGGCAAGGAACCAGGAAGUCAGGCGGUUGGCACGUCCACCAGGUCCACGCAGACCGCUGCCCAGUAUGUCAGCAUCGGGCUUCAAACCGACAACCUUCCCGGCAGCAGGGGGGCGGGGUUACACUCCAAAGCCUGGUCUCCUCGUCCCUCAUCAACAACCGCCUCCUCGUUGGUGUCGGCACGAACCCGGCAGAUAUCAACAUCACUGGAUAAAGUUCACAGCCGCAUCGAGAGGCCAUGCUGUUCACCCAAGUAUGGAUCACCGAAACUACAACGCAGAGUGUCUUCUGGCUCCACCUCCAGACUGGAUGGGACUUCCUCCUCCAGGGACCGCAGCCUGUGGAGCCUCCAGCAGAGACCCAUGGGUGGAGGCGGAGGCUCGGCCUGGGCUCGCUCCACCACCACCAGGGACAGCCCCGUCCUCAGCGGCCUCACCGACGGCCUCUCCAGCCUCUUCAGCGUUGUGGAACACUCUGGAAGCACAGAGUCGCUCUGGAGAGGUGACGGAGGAGCCAGUCAGGGUGCCAGUCCGGCACGGCAGCCUCCAGCUGCAGGAAAACCCUCUGGGGUGGCAGCCUGUGGAUCUGAACCCAGCUCUCAGCGGUACGGAGGCCUGGUCCAGGAGUUCUUCAGGAAUGUCUGCAGCAGCCGUGGCCAGGGAGGAGUCACCCUGCCGGUGGAGAGAGCGCAAAGAGACUCCAUGGGCAGCCUCAGAAGUCUGGGAGGCGUGGGGGGGUUCAGCAGCAUGGAUGAGCCCAAGCCAGAGUGCGUGUCAGCUGGGGUUGGAGGGCUCGGAGCGAUGGCUGGGUUGGGUGGAGGCAACGACAGUGUGACCAGGAUUGUUAAUAAGAGGUUCAUGAGACAGACGGCCGGGGAGGAGAUGGUCAGUAUCAUGGGAGGAGGGAAGGAAACGAUGAGCAAUGUCGGGGCUGUAGGAUCCGGGACGGAGGAUGCACCCUGUGACUGCGCUGCCCAGACUUCCUGCUUAGCCCGACCAACAAGAACAGCAGCUCGCCAUUCACUCGGGCAGUGCAAGCACCGCCCACAAGAGUCUCCAGCGGCAACCGAGGAGAAGAAGGACGCCUGCAGCGAGUGACGACACUUCUACUGCCACAUGCAAAGACACCCAACAAACAGGAACACACACACACACACACAAACACACACACACACAAAGCAAUACUGAUUCUAAACAAACACUAAACACCAUUGCCAUGAAAACACACUUUCUCACACUUCUCACAUCACCAAAUGUACAGACACACCUACAACCUGCCACACAGGCACACUGCCAGACAUAACACACACUGCUGGCACACUGCACAGACUGCCCCACAAACCCACUGCCACAUGCCCACAUUCAUACAGUUAUAAUUACCCCCCCCCCAGAGAGAACCCAGGCAAUAUUACACUUGUCUUGGACUGUACCAUUCUGAUGCCAAGGACAGCGAGGACUGACACUCCAACCCAGCAACGGAUCCAACCAUCACAAAACUACCAGCAGGACAGAAAACAUAGACACACACAUAAUCUCACACACUUAACUAAACAAAACCAACUCUGUGAACUGAAGAGUCUAACAAGUAAUAUGAUGUCACGACUGGCGCUACUAAGCCCCCCGAAACCACCGGCACCAUCCACCACCACCCCACCAAUUUACAGAAUAACAGGUAGUACAAGUGGUCUGUUUUGGUUUGGAAAAUCCAUCUCAAAAACAUCAUAUUUCCAGCGUGCUGUUGGAUUCACAGCUAAGCGAGAAGAAAGAAAGGAUGGAGUCCCAAUUUGAAUAUGCAUUGAAAGUGCAUGUUUUCCUAUCGGAGCUAUAAAACUGCAGAGAAGACAUCUUUAGCAACUCUGAAACCAUCAGCCUCUGAGACGUAAUCUGAUGGAAAGCUCAGAUGAUUUCUCCACAGAUGAUUUCUCUCUGAACCUUGUCAUAUACACAGCUGCUGCGCUGGGAAAUGCAGUCAUACCACUUAUAUUGAUUACCACAAUAAAAUCCAAGCAAGUGUCUCCAACAUGGACAUGAAAAACGACACAUCUUGAUUCUAGCUUUCAUUGUCUCUUAUCAGCUCCCAAAAGCAAGAACUCGAGGACUGUUGGACUACGUAUCCCAGCAUGACCAGACUCAGACUCCAUUGAUGGAUGUCUGAACUUGUCAGCUCUUAAUGAGACCAUAAAACUGAUCUCAGAGUACACCUCCUACCAUUGUUGUUUAGUGGCAAACCUGAACAACAAAAAUCUCUCCAGGCUCCUUAAGAUGUAAAAAUCCAUUUUGUUCCCAAAAGAACUUUGGCCAAAAAUGCAGGGACACUUUGUGGCAUCAUAGCCAUGUCUUAAACCUUGUAGAUGUAAGAAAACCUAUUCAAAGGUGUUACCUUCCACAGUCUGAAAGGGAGAUUAUCAUCAUGGUUUUUGAACUGUUGCAGUAGGCAGAAAGUGCCUGUCUGUUUAAUAUUUUUGAGAUAUUUCUUCCUUGAUGUCAAGGUUCAUCCAUAAAUCAGGCUGAUGAUCUGAUAAAGAUAUCUGGUGUACAGUCCUACAGCACACUGUCCUGAAACAUUUCGGUUGGUUACACUGAUUGGGGACCAUUUCUGAUUGAUGGCAAAGUUAACCUAAAAGCCCCUCUGCAGAUUUUGCUUGGCAUGGGAUAGAGAUCCGCUGAUAUCACUUUUUUUCCACUUGUACCAGGUUUUCAGAGUGCCUCAACCACUAGCUUGGGGUUAUGGUACAGAAGCCCAAACCAACACAUGAAAUUUAUUCCAUUUAUCUCUCUUCUGUAGUAAAGUACAAAAAAAAUCAUGCUCUUCUCCACUGACUUUACACAUUUCAUUUAAACUUUUGGGAAUCUGAUUUUCAUAAUUAAGGAAUUAUGAUAUUGACCUAUUAUCAGUGCAUCUUAACCCUCUAUAUUUCAUAGAAUCAGACAUGAACAGCAGGACAGAAACACUGAUACUCAGUGUGUCCAAACUCAUCUACCAUCAACCAGAAACACUCACUAACACUAAACUGUGUCCAAGGAGAAUUUAGUCGAUGAAUUCCUUUUACUAGAGAAACCAUUCAGACACCAAUUCUCUAUGUGUGUGUAUGAUUUGUGUGUGCGUUUGGCCGUUCAAUUCUCAGCUUUCUGUGUAACAGUACAUCAUUCCUAAGUCUAUUUAAUACUCAGCUUUUACUUCCUCCUUUCUCACGUUCAUCUGUCCUCGUUUUUUUUAGUGCUACACCGAUGUGAGCUAAUGUAUGAACCCUAUACACAUUUUUGAAAAUGUAGCGUUAUAACGAAAUCUUGAUAAACAAGCAGUUAAGAGCUGUGACUGUCCAACUGCGGAGUACUUAAAGCACUGAACGUUUUUACUUUUUUAAAGAAAUUAUUUCAUUAAAUUCUUAACUUACUUAUUUGAUAUUUCCAAACUUUAAUCAAACAGUUGUUGUAGUAAAUUAAAAAUGUAAAUCCUUUUUUUAUCUAUUUAGUUCCGAUGAAAGAAAAUGUCUUUUAGUAAGAUGUCUGCACAUUAUGAGAAAUAUCUGAGAAAGUUGUAAAAGACUGAAAAAUAUGUUAUAUUAGUGAAUUGAAGAAAAAAAAAACUGUUAAUUGAAAUCAGUUGUAUUUGGAAGGGUUUUUAUUACAUUUUUCUUUCUCCUAUCCAUUUGUUUGCCAUGUCAUUCUCUUUCUAAUCAAUCAACCAAUAUUCAAAGUGCCUGUCAGAUUAUUAGUCAGCUCACACCAAAACUGGACUCCAUAUGAAAAACACACAAACAAACCCAGCAGGCCUUUUUUUUUUUAAAUGAGUAAGAUUGUUUUUUUGCACAUGAUUGCGAACAGGCUGUACUAAAGCUACAAUUAAGUACUGUACCACAGUGGAACAAGGAAAGAAUGGUUUACAGGUAUAGUAGGAUAUAUUAACUUUUUUUAUACCAAGGGUUGUUGUAUUUCUGGAAAGUAAAUUAUUUUUGUUUAGUUUUGUUUAUUUUAUAUGAAUGUUUUUGCUGAUUUGCCUGUUGUUUCUAUUCUUUCUAUUUAGUUAUCAUGGUGCUACUUAGUGUAAAAUCUGCUGUGGGCUUGCUGCCUUUAAUGAGGCAUCUACCAAUCUAUCCAUUCAUUAUAGAUUAAUUAAAUAUGUCAAAGUUUGCGUAUGAGCAACAGUGGAGUGUUUCAUCGUCUCUGCACACAAUCUAAUGACUCAGCAGUUUAAAAUAGGGCAUUACAGUAACAGUGCAUGUAUUUAAAUAACACACUUAGGAAAACCCACAGUCUAAAUGCUGCUGUCUGUCUCCACUCCAGCUCAACUGCAUGAAACCAGUCGCCGCUUCAAAAGCUACAGGAAUAGGCUGUCUGAGUUUUGACCACAAUUAUACAACAGGUAGUUUUAGCCAAGAAAUCUGAUUGGUUUAAGACCACAGAAAUAAUAUGACCUCAAUGAAAAUGUUUCCAAGCGACCCAAAAAGCACAGCUAAUAAGGUUGAGUACACAUCCAUUCCUUUCCAUGUUCCAUGAUAUUUCCAUCUUUUGAAGCUUUGUAGUUGCAUCACACAAUUAAAAACCACAUCUGGUGUAGUUGGUGAAGUGUAGAUCCCCAUACUUCAGGGUCAGCUGAGAAAAAAACAUGAGCCAUGAAAAAAAAAAACUGAUUUCCAAGGAUACCAAGACACAGCAAACUUUAGUCUUUAGUCUCUUGAUUUUCAGCUUAAAAACAGCUCAGUUAAACUAAACAAAGUGUUAGCUCGCUAACAAGCUAACAGGUUCCCUUACCUUACCUAAAUGUAACAAUGCUUUUAACGAAUACUCCACCGAAAUCAACAUUCUGAGUAUCAUAUACUUACCACCCGAAAAGAUGGUUCUGAAAUGUUCGCAGUUUGUUUCGCCGCAACUGUCUUCCGUGAAAAUACAUUUUUCAAUGUCCAUGGAAAGUUCUCAAACCGCACUGCAGCUUAAUCAACUACUUUGCUGGCUUUCUGUGUGCUGAGCAUGUUUCAACGACAAUUAUAUAUUUGCCAAAUAUGGCUAAAUAUACUGCCUCUGUUUGACGCUGGCCUGGUUAGCAGUUGCAUUUAUUGCACACGUAUGCUAUUGCUAAGUAUGCUAACAUAGUCAGCAUUUAAAAACAAAGCUACUCAGUGGAGUAUUCCCCAAAGUUCAUAAUCAGGAGGUCUGGUACAUUUAUCAAACCUUAGUUCAGCUAUACAUCAAUUACCACAGCAGCUCAACAUCCAGGCUAAGUUGUUUUUCUAGCCAAGAAGUUAAAAGAAGCAAGAGUGGUAAUGACUCAUUUCCCACUUUUGACAAAUACUAACCAAUAAUACUAGCUUCUUAUGAAAGUGCACGGAUUACAGUACAUUCUGCAUGUUGUCAAGACAGUGAUAGCUCACUAGCUAGCCAACAUGUUAUUGUCCACACUCAAAAUAGUUCAGACGCAUUAGUGUGAGAUUUUUCAAAUGACUGAGUUAAUUUUUCCGCUCACUGGCCCAUUAGCUGGGGGUCUGAGUCGUCCCACAAUCUGUGCCACCACACACCAGGAUGAAUAGUCUGAAACCACAGAGGGACCUUUAUCAUACCCUAGGUUUAGCACCACCUAUGCUUUUUGAUAUAUAGCAAAACUACAGAAUCUGUCACAAUAAAACCAUUGAUCUCGUAUUCAUUCUUAAAAUCUUUCCAUAUAAUUGGCAAUUUGAACUGCGACAGGCAGAACUGGGACAGUAAUAACAGGUCUAAACAGUUAAUAUGAUUUUUGUUUUAAAAUUGGAAAAAAAUGCGACACCUAAAAAAAAUAAAAGCACAAACCUGAAACAAAUCAACUUUUUACACAAUGUUACAGAGAUUUGGCAUCAUGUACUCUAAAUAAAUUUAUAAAAUAUUGUGUUACUUUGAUCAUUCACAAUUUGAGUACUAAAAUCCUUCCAACGCUGAGCUAUUUUGUGAUUUAAUGUUAGUCUUUUCAGAAGUUCCUGAUAUGCCCACCUCAUUGACAUAGAUGAAACAAGAUGAAAAGUUAACCUGAUUCAGUUCUAACCCGUGCACUUUCUAAUACUCUGAGACGCAUCACUAAAUACCACAAAAGAUACUUCUAAUGUAUCUUUGACAUAAUUAUGAUCACUCAUCUGAACAUAUUUGAUGCCCCUGUGCCAGGGCCUUAGUCCUGCUGUCAUUUAAUGUCACUGUCAAUGAGAGAAGGUCACUUUAGUGCCUUUCCUCUACAUACUGUAUGAUGAUGCCAAGUUCCAGAUUAAUUACAUGUGGAAUUAAGAAUUAUUGUCUUAAUUUGUUGUUUUGCAGUACGUGUAGACUGAUUUGUGUUUACGUUAUUAGUCAGUGGUUGCUCUGCUACACACAUUGUGACCGACAAUAGAUGUUGCAAGCCCAUAUGGGAUCUCCGUGUAAAGGUAUAAAGAGUAGAGUAUGCCUUUAGAAAUGAGUUUUGCUUCACUUUUGUGUGACCAGACCUCCAAAUGGGUUGAAAUCUCGGACCAAGGUUACGUUUUGAUUAAAUGUUUUUCUGCUGAUAUAGCAGAGCCAAGCAUCAGCAUAUAUUUUAUAUGAUAUAAAUAUAUGAUAAGAGAGACAAAGUGAAGAUUCCAGGUUGUGGAUAAAACUGCCACUGUUGUUCUGCAACAUUCAUGUCAUAUGAAGGAUGCAAAAAACACAGAAUAAGGUUUCAUGUUUUUAACUGAUUUGAACACAAAAGAGUGUGGUCUUUAUUACUUAAAACAGUAAAAAUAUUUGUUUUCUUAAUUUCACCGCUAUAUUUGAUUUUAUGAUUAUUUAUUAGUAUAUCUCAGAGCUACUGGUAUUUACAGCAACCUGGACACAUUUUCUAUAAAAAUAUGAAAUGGCACAGUCAGCAUAAGACUCAAAUCGCUUUCUGACUCCGAUGUCAUUGGUCAGUUCUGUCUCUGCCUCUGCAGCCUUUCCACCUGUUUGUCAGGUGUCUCAUUUGCUCCUCCCCCUCAGGUUAUAAGUUCUAGGCAAUGCAGCCAAUGACAGAACAAUUCUACAGGUCACUCAGCAUCACCAGCCAAUGAGAGAUGAGUUCUUACAGGUUGCGUGGCACAAACCAUGAGUCUCAUUGUUCCCUAUGUGUCUGUAAGCCUGUUAGAAAAGUAACAUCUUUCCAGCCUUUUUAACGUGUUUCCAUACCAUUCAUAUGAUUAUUACAUCCUGGCAAUAUGUAAAUGAUUUCUUAGCUGUUGAUAAUGUUAGCUACACUAUUACCUAGAGGCGGCCUGUAUAUUCGCUUUAUAUAACGUACUCUUGUCAUUUUUAAAUAAUGCUUGAUUCUUGAAUAAAAGGAGAAUGCAAUGAAAGCUGAAUAAAGUGAGUACAUAGUAAGUAAAUUUGUCCCUUUGUAUUGCAACUUGAAAAGAAAGGAAAGGCUUGUACUCGCUCUGUCCUUUUGUUUCUCUGAGAAAAGCUGAAUGUCAACAGCCGAUCUGAAACCAGGUCUCUGUGGAAGUAUGUAGCUCUCUCCCUUUAUAGACCACACUUGAGCAUUUCUGCUGUACAUAGGCACAUUUUGAAGCUGAUGAAGAAUGAAAAACGGCAGCAAAUGUUAAAGAAGUUACAUGAGAAAAUUUGAUCCCGGUGGAUUUUUAAAGGGGUUGGGAAUUUUUGUUUUUGCAACCAAUGUAGCUUGCAAAACAAGAUAUUAUAACUGCCUCCUGUU